UAAAAAAAUGUGAACCUAAAAAGAAAAGAAAAAGAAAAGCGAGAGCACAAGCCGUCGAAGUUAGGGACGACGGGAAAGGAAAGGGAAAAAGUUGAUUAGCGGUUAAAACUCCAGACGUUUCUGUGUCCCGCGCAUUUCUCAAAGAUCGAAUAAGAAAAAAAAAUUCAAAGAAGAGAGAGAGCGCCCACUCCCCCUCCUUUCUUUACUCUCUCUCACUACUCUUUCUCUCUCUAAGCAAUUCGUUUCUUGAACCUAGGGUUUACAAUCACCCUGCUCUUUGCAAUGUCAAAACCCUAGAUCAGAUUCCUCUGCCUUCGAUUCUGCACGAUUCGAUGGAGGAAGCCAAGGGCGGCACUGGAGGCGGUGAAUCUGCGAAGAUUUCGUCAUCUUUCAUGGCAGCCGGUGGUCGCAAGAGGUUCACAGUGGAACUCAGACCUGACGAGACUACAAUUGUUUCGUGGAGAAAGCUUUUGAAGGAUGCGAGCAAGGCCAAUGGGUCCACCUCAGCCCCUGAACCACCGUCCAAUGCUCGUCAGGCUCUGGAGUCUCGCAUUGCUCCGGGGCAACCUGCUGAGAAGGAAUUGAAGGAUGCACCCUCUGGUAGUCGUUUUAGCGCGGUUAUUGAGAAGAUCGAACGGUUAUAUAUGGGUAAGCAUAGUAGUGAUGAGGAAGAUCUCUAUGAUGUUCCUGAUGAUGAUGAGUAUGACACAGAAGAUUCUUUCAUAGAUGACGCAGAGCUGGAUGAGUAUUUUCAAGUUGAUAACUCAGGAAUAAAGCAUGAUGGAUUCUUUGUUAAUCGGGGGAAGUUGGAACGCAUCAAUGAACCCACUUCAUCGCCUCACCAGCAACUGAAGAAGCGGAAAAGGAAAGAUUCUGCAAAAGAUCAUGGUAAGAAUGAUGAUGGUCAUGUGCCGAAUAAACAGGUAAAAGUCAGAAAGGCGGCUGCUGGAAGGUCACCGUCAUUGUUUGUGAAGAAUUCUUCUAGUCCCUCUCUGGGUAUGGCCGUGACAACUGAACAUUGUGAAGAUGCGAAAUUUCGGAAUCAGAUGAAUGCUUCUGUAAUUUGUUCAAAAAAGAAAUCUGCUGAUACUAAGUUGUUGGAUCUGUAUCCUUCUUCAAAAGUUCCAAAUGGUGGUGCUGCUUUAUCUGUUGUGGAGGGGAAGGAUUUUGAAAACCAGAAGACUGGAGUCCUCCUGUCUAAGAACCAUGGUAACAAACUGAAAGAUGGCACUGAACUUUCUGAUGCUUCACAUCAGAAAUCUCGUGACAAAAGUUCUUAUCCACAACUCAAAUCUCAAUCUGGAAAAUUAUUGAACAAUGUCGAUGAGUUAGAGCAAUCAGUUCAGCGGAAAGAACAAAAUGGUAUUCUUGAACGUCUUGACAUCAAUGUCCCAGAGAAGGUUCCUAUCAUGCACAAGAAGGAAGGUUCUAGUGUUCGGUCAAAAAGUACAAUGCUCGAGAAGGCCAUUAAGGAGUUGGAGAAGGUGGUUGCAGAAUCAAGACGACCAGUUAUGGAAGUUCCGGAUGCUGAUAUUUCAUCUCAGGCAGUCAAAAGGAGGUUACCGCAUGAAGUAAAGCAGAAGCUUGCUAAAGUUGCUAGAUUAGCGCAAGCAACCCAUGGAAAAAUAUCAGAGGAGUUGAUCUAUCGUCUUAUGAGUAUUCUUGGUCACUGGAUACAGCUCAGAUCGCUAAAGAGAAACUUAAAGGUCAUGGUUAGUAUGGGUUUGUCAGCUAAACAGCAGAAAGAUCAUAGGUUUCAGCAGAUAAAGAAGGAAGUUGUUGAGAUGAUUAAAGUGAUUCCCUCCCCGAAGUCCAAGGCACUUGAACAUCAAGCUGGAGCAUCUGAUGAUUUUCAAGAUAUUGGUAAUGAAAAGAAAGAAUCACUUAAAAGAAAAUGUUGCAUGGAUGAAGCAUUGGAAGAGAAGAUCUGUGAUCUCUAUGACCUUUAUGUUGAAGGACCGGAAGAAGUUGCAGGUCCACAAGUCAGAAAGCUGUAUGCUGAGCUUGCAGAAUUGUGGCCAAAUGGAUUAAUGGACAACCAUGGGAUUAAACGUGCUAUAUGUAGAGCGAAAAAUAGGAGGAGGGCAAAGUACAGCCAGCAGAAGGAUCAGGAGAAAAUCAAGAAGGGGAGUGUUCCAGUUGAAGCUAAUUCUAUAGCUCAGCCGCAGCAAGAGAAGUUGGUUACUGAUUCGGGUAACCAUGGUCUAGCUUCAUUCAAAAGGCCAGUGCCUGAUACAGCAAGUGCACCUACAGCAGUCCGAAUGCCCAGUCCGUCAGGGAAUGGUCCAAGUUUGGUCUGCACAAAACAAGAGAAAGUAAAGGGAAGUUUAGGCAAUUCCAACGACACAAGGAAAUUGGAUGCUUUGAUGAAGAAAAAGGUAAAGAGAAAAGCAGAAUUGGAGUUGGGCGAUGCUUGUUUCCGUCAGCAGAAAUUAACUUCUGCACAGGGAGAGGAAAGACGAAAAUCUCAGAAGCAGGUUGGGGGUCCUCUCCAAAAACAAAACCUUCAAUCUGCUGCUCCUCCAAACUUUGAAAAGCUCAACUGACCGUGAUGUAGCUUAAUUAGGAAGUUUACACAGCUUAAUCAUUUUCAUUCAUUUUGACAGAGUCGGUCUCUGGUUUUGUAAAUAAAUGUUUUUGACGUGUAUUUUGACUAGGGGGUGACACAAAGCUGUAAAAUUUGGCUGUUAGGUUUGCGGAUGGACUUGACUGGAAAUUUUUCAUCUCCAUUGUCAUCCUCAUUUGUUUAAGCUGUAAAAGACAUGCGCAUCAGCUGCUGUGAAGCUCAAUUUGAUGUAGAAAUUGGGUGGACUGAAGGAGUGAUCGUAAAUUGUGAUGCUGAAUGUUGUUGGUAGCAGUGGGUGGGUUAGGGAAGUUGAAUUCUGGUGCUGCUAUGGACGAUAUGAACUUAAUUCAGCAGGCGCAGAGGCAUCAUCGUCACCUGGUGGUUAGGGAGCUUGGAGAAGAGAUUGAUUUGGAAAU